CUUGAAGAAGCUUCGACCUUCUACUUCAGCCUCUCGCUACCUCUGCCGCCUAGUAUGUCUGACGCCGAGGAUCUGCAGGCGGCAAGCUCUCCUGCUGCACAAGAUGAUCUAGAGAGCAGUCAGAACCAGGACGACGCACCUGUCAAAGCGGAACCCGUUCGCGGCUCAAAACAUGCUCUGGAUGAUGAUGAAGAAGACGACGACGAGGAAGAGGAGGAAGAGGAAGAUGAAAUUGAUGACCGCAAACCGCGCAAAAAAGUACGGCGCAGCGCUGUAGAUGCUUUCAUCGACCGCGAAGCAGAAGUCGACGAUGACGACGAAGAUCUAGAUGAUGAAGAGGAGGAGCAAGAGAUUGCGGAAGGCUUCAUCGAGAAUGAGGACACAGCAGACUCGCCUGGGGCGCGCGACGACAGACGGCAUCGCGAACUCGACCAGAAGCGUGGAGCGAUUGAAGAGGAAGAAGCCGAAAAGCUCGCCGCUCGCUUCAAAGAGCAGUAUGGACGCAGUGGAAAUCGAGCGUAUCGCGGAGACACACAGAGUGUUCCUCAACGGCUAUUGCUGCCUUCUGUUGAAGAUCCAUCUAUUUGGGCUAUCCGCGUCAAGCAAGGCAAAGAGUCUGACAUUGUCUUCAAUUUGUUGCGGAAGCAGGCGGAUCGCGAGCGUUCAGACACACCACUGGCCGUCAUUUCAGUGUUCCAGCGAGCUGCCCUUUCUGGCUACAUCUACGCUGAAGCACGUCGCCAAGCCGAUGUGAUUGAAGCACUCACGGAUGUUGUGGGCGUCUAUGUGCAAAAUCAAAUCUUGAUUCCCGUCAAAGAAAUGCCAGAACUGCUGCGCGUACGCAAGACUGGCGUUGAGCUUGUUCCUGGUUCCUACAUUCGCAUCAAAAAUAAAAACAAGCGUUACGCAGGUGAUCUUGGGCAAAUUGACAACAUUUACCAGGGUGGUACCUCUGCUGUCGUCAAGCUAGUGCCGCGACUUGACUACUCGAGCAAGGAGAUGCUGCUUAAGAAGAAUGUCGCCAAGUCUGCCAAUCGUGCACCAGCACGGCUGUUCAAUGCAAACGAUGUAGAAAAGGUUGCAGAGGAACGUAUUCGUGGCAAUGCUGAGGAGAAUUUGUAUGAGUUCAACGGCGAACGAUAUGAAGAUGGAUUCUUGGUUAAAGAAUUCAAGCUGGAUGAUCUCAUUCAAGAGGACAUCAAACCAACCCUUGAAGAGCUUCAUCUGUUCAGCCAGAAUGGCGCCUUUGACUUGGCAAACCUCAAGCAAGGCUUGCAAGGGAAAGAUCGCGUGCGCUUCACCAUUGGAGACAAUGUAGAGGUUAUCAGUGGCGAACAGACUGGCGCAGCAGGUAUUGUUCAGAGCAUAAGCAAUGGCGUCGUUGAACUGAAAACCUCUGCCGAGACGGGCCUGGGUGUCCUGUCUGUACCGGCUGUUGGACUUCGCAAGAAAUUUGCACCUGGAAGUCAUGUUCGUGUGCAAGGCGGCAAGCAUUCAGGCGAGUCUGGUAUGGUUGUUGCUACAUCUGGCAAUUCAGUUACACUCAUCAGCGACAUGACAACGCAAGAGAUUUCAGUCUUUGCGCGAGAUCUUGGAGAAGUGAAUGAAGUCUCUGGUGCGCCAGUCCGGUCUCGAUAUGAGGUGCAAGAUUUGGUGACGCUCAAUGCCACUGAGUUUGGAUGUGUGGUCAAGCUUGAGAAUGAUUUACUUCGUGUAUUGAUGGCAGGUGGUGAAGUGCGCGUGGUCAAGGCGGAUUCCGUGGCCAUGAAGCUUGAAGUUAACAAGCAAGUCGUCACAACGGAUCGUAAUGGUCUUGAGGUCAAGAUUCAAGAUCGCAUUCGCGAAGUCGAAGGCGACUCGCGCAAAGGUGAAGUCUUCCACAUUCACUUGGGCUUUGUCUUUUCUCGCAAUGUGGCCUUGCUCGAGAACAAUGGUAUCUUUGUGUCUCGGAAUCGUUCGAUUGUCAAUGAGAAUACUGCCGAUGCAGCCAAGGUGGACCUGACAAAGAUGAACCCCGCGCUGGGUCAAAUGCAAGCGCCGGCGCAACUACCAAAAUCAACUGGUCGUGAUCGUGCCAUUGGCCAGACUGUAUGGAUUCGCACGGGUCCAAUGAAGGGCAUCAUGGGCAUCAUCAAGGACUCGACCGACACCACUGCUCGUGUGGAACUGCAUUCGCGCAACAAGAUUGCCACAUUCAAUAAGCUACAGCUAGGUUUCAAGCUGCAGCGCGAUGGCAAACUCAUGUCGUAUUCAGAAUGGCUCUCUGCACGCGGUGGAAGUAUGGGCUCUGGUGGACAAUCUUACUCUCGUGGGUCAAGCAGCUUACCUGGCGAUCGCCCAGCUUGGGCUCAAUCAGGCGGACGUACACCCGGUGGUUCGCUUGAUAAUAACUUCGGUUCACGUACACCUGCUUGGGCAGCGUCUGGUGGUUCAAGAACACCUGCAUGGGCAGGCGGUGCAGGUGGUGCGACACCCGCAUGGGCUGGUGCUGGUGGCUCACGCACACCGGCGUAUGGUGGGAGUACGGGUGCUUGGGCAGGUGGCGGUAGCAAGACGCCGACCUGGAAUAGUGGUGGCAAUGCGACGCCUGCGUGGAAUGCUGGGUCGAGGACACCUGCGUAUGGUGGCGGUGGUCAAGCGACGCCUGCGUGGCAAGGUGGUGGUGGACGAACGCCUGCGUAUGGGACACCGUAUGGUGAUGCACCGAGUGUGAAUGAUGGCGCGUAUGCUGCGACGCCUGCUGCGGCACCGGAUUAUGCACCGACGCCGGGAGCUGGACAGACAUGGGAGGAUGAUUGGGAUGCAACGAAUAUUCAUCCGAGCAGGCUUGCACAAACACCUGCUGCUGCUACGCCGGGUGUAUAUGGCGAUGCAGCACCGACACCUGGCUACUUGCCAGAGUCUCCGUAGUGUCUAUAGCUGAACAUACUUUGCGGCAAACCUG